AUGUCAACCAUCAUCAACAACACGCGUGUGAGGAACAUCCUGGAUUGCCCGUCGACCAACGUAUCCGACCUCAUCGGAUGUCAAGGAGCAUCUGGGAGCAUCUAUUCGACGACGGAGGGGUCAUUCGACCAGGUCCUUGACGAUAAGGACUGGGAUGUCCCGACGAUGGAUGCGCAGCCCAAUGACGGCGCCACCACAGUUGUUCAUGGAUACGACAUCGCCAACUUCACCGACGGCGCAGCAGUCAUCCCCGAUUAUCCCCUCGAAGUCUGGGCCAACCGCGAAUCCGUCAACCUGAGCGCCCUGGCUCUCGGCCCCAAGUCGUCGACCCUCGAGCGCCUCGUCGACAACAACCUCGCACCCAGCUCCAUCUUCGGCCUCGACUACGGUUCCACCUCCGAGCUCUACCCCCGCGACGGGCAGCUCGUCAUCGGCGGCGUCAACGAAGCGCGCUUCGACGACAACAAGACGGGCGAGUUCGACAUGUGGGGAGCCGAUGCGCCGGCGAAUUGCCCUCUGCAGGUGCUCAUCUCCGACUUCAUUCUCACCAACGAGGACGGCGACCACUCGCUUCUCCCCGACGAGUACUCCAAGCUCUCGGCUUGCAUCGACACGAUCCAAAACUCCUUCACCCUCACCGACAGCAUGUUUGCGAAGUUCCAGGAGAUUGGCCAGCACAUCGACUCCGACGGCAAGGACUUUUGGCCCACGACAUUCCCGGCCGACCGAGCGCCGCUGAUGGGAUCAUUGACCAUUCGCCUCUCCAACGGCUACACGAGCGUCAUCCCUCACUACGAGCUCAUCAACCACCAGCGAGGCACCGACGACCAGGGCAAGUUCGCCGUCACCAACAACACCCGCAUCGCUGCCUCCGUGGCCUCGGGGCAGAGCGACCUCGGCGCCAAUGUUCCCAUUCUGGGCGGCGUCUUUCUUUCGCAGAACUACCUCAAGGUCGACUACGAAACCAAGAAGUUCUGGCUGAGCCCGCAGGUUGCGAAUGGAACCAGGACCGACAAGAUCGCAACCGUUUGCACGCAGACGGAUGACGCGGACAGCGAGAAGACUCCGGCAGCAACGCAAACACCCGAACCCUCCAGCGGUACGGGCAUGGGCGUC